AGUUUACCAGUAGUACAUUCUGUGUAUGGUUGGCAACGGUGGUGAAUUUGAAUCGAUACAUCCAGUUCUUAAAUGGAAUAAAGAAAAUUCUUAUUUUUUGUAUUAAAAAUACCCCAGCUAGCAGUAGCGUUUUUAUUUUUGUGUGUGUUCUAGUGCAAAAUAUUUAUUAUAUUUUAAUAAAGUGUAUAGUUUUUUUGCCGAUCAGAGGAUUAUAACUUUGUUUCAGAGCCACAAAAGAUAAAACAUGAAGCAAAUCCACUGGACUCUAAUUCUGGCGCCGUUCUGGUUCGUUUUCGUGAACGCAGAACCGUCUGUGCACAUUCUAGCUGAAAAUCUAGAACAAGUGAUUACGUCCACGACGUUAGAAUGGAUUCCCUUCAACGGUGACGAUAAAGGUUUUUUCAAGAACGCCGUUGUAGCAGCUUACCAGACUAUAGAAGAGCCGAAAAGCAACGAGGCUGAAGUGUCCGAGAAUGAAACUGGUGGAAACGGCUUAGUCCAAAAGCCAGUAUAUGUCUGCCGAGCUAAGAUCAACAGCGUGUGGAUUUCCGGUCAGAUCAGACCAAAUAGGAACGUUUGUGUCGUUGCCCUUUACAAAAAAGUCUCUGAUUAUAAAGAGUUCGAUGUCCUCGUCAGCAUAGAAGGAAGCGCCAGGUUAAGUUGGAUCCACAAGAACAAGUACACUUUGAUAUCGCAAGGAGCUGUUACUAGCGGCGAAAACGCUUUAAAGAGUUUUGUAGCGAGAAGGGAGGCGAAUAGCCAUAACAAAGAAGGUUCCCUCUCUUACUAUAUCGGCAAAUAUACUCCAACAGAAAAUCUCGGCAUGUUCUUCGUGGUGGAUCAAAACAACAUAGAAAUCCCCUACGAAGACGGAGAAAUCCUGGUAGAAACCGAACCGAAAUCAUAUGAACUGAAAAACAUAACCUACGCCCGCACCAACAAACGUCAUCCUAAAAAACAGCGGAUCUUGGGUCACGCUGUCUUGAAGAAUGAAGAAACUACAUUUCAGAAAGUCGAAUCUGUCAUAAGCUUCAGUUACCACUACAAUCUGUUUUGGGGUAAGGGUCACGGACUCUCGACUGGGCUACCUCUGCUGGUCAACUUACCCAAAGGUCCGCAGCUAAAAGGAAGCUGGGCACUGCCUCACGAAGAAGAGAAAACGGAAGUUGUGCCAAUAGAAAGAGAUUUAGAAGCUGGUACAGCUGUAAAUGUAACCCUCAUAGGAAACUAUACGGAACUAGAGAUACCUUAUACAGCCAUAGUAGUCCAGAACUACCAGGAUGGAGAAAAACGCGAGUUCAUCAUUAGGGACACGAAAAGGGAAAACAAGAUGAUGGAGAUUAUUGCCUCUUAUACUCCUGCCUACUACCUGCAUAAUAAUACUCUCGUGCCAACUACAACCACAACUAGCACUACUACCACGACUACAUCCAGUACUACUACUAAGCUGGCUUCCACCACACAGGAGGUCACUCCGAUAGUUCCUCCCGAACUAGAAGAUAGAAAAGUCGACAAUCUUCAAUCGAAUGACAAGAAAAAUGACAUGCAAGCAGACGAACAAAACUCUACCAUCAAAGAUGGAGAAGCACGAGAGAGCAAGAGCAUCAGUCCAAAACAGUUCAGUAGUUCAAAUGUAUUAAUUGCUAGUCUUACACUAAUAUGCAUUGUAUUAUUUAGAAAUACGUAAACAGACUGUUUUAAUUUCUCCAAAAAUUGCUUGGCGCUAGUGAUUUCAAAACAUAUUUUAAAAAUAAAAAGAAGAGAACUGCCGACUUCACGUUAAAUAAAGUAGAGUAGGUAUUCAGACUUACAUUUUCCCAGUUACAGAUUGAUAACAUUAUCUCAAAAAUUAGUAAACUGGAAUAGGGAUACGUAAUAUUUUAUGUGAAAAAUGCUUAAAGGGGUCUGUCCCCUGUCCUAAUCAUAAAAAUGACGGUUAUACUGGUUGUACCUGUUAAACGUCAAAGCAUCAGAAAGAGUUUCCGAGUGAAAACUCUGUUAACAAAGACAUGAAAAAAAAAAUCAAAAGAAACAUAUUCAAAUUUAAACUUAAAUUCGUAUAAGCUUAUAAGCACAUAUAUAUAUAUAUAUAUAUAUAUAUAUAUAUAUAUAUAUAUAUAUAUAUAUAUUAUAUAUAUAUAUAUAUGACACAGGAAAUCCCAAAUCAUAUGAAGCAUUUGAAAAAUGCAGUUGGAAAAAGUUUUGGAUGAUAGAAUCUGAUGUGUGAUCUUUUGUAGAAGAACUUCUACAAUUAUUAACUUGAAUAUUACAACCUGGUAUUACUAGAUAAACUGGAAUUAGAAUAUGAUAUAGAAAAUAAAAUAAUUUGACUGUAGACAUGUAAGCGUUAUACAGUUUUUGGCAUUUUAAUAUUAAAUAUGACGUAUCCCUACUCUUCAAUUUAAAGUGUGGAUUUUUAAAAACAAUUGUAAUGUUUAGAUAUUAGGUAUAUAUUUAAGAUUUGAAUUAAUUUUGGUGUUGUACACAAUAAGUUAUACGCAAAACUUAUCAUAUCAAUCUGGACAACUACAAAACACCGAUUUGAAAGUUUGUGAAGUCCAUUUCUCUAGCAAGAAGGGGCUAUAAUUAUCAUGAAAAGUAAUUUACGUAUUUUUUGUUGUUAUAUUUGCUGAAUCUUUGUCGUAUCGUUCUCAAUUAUUUUUUUAGAGUUACAUGUAUAUAGAUUUUGUAUAUAGGAAGAAGUGGUGGGGACGAGUAAUGCCGAAAUAUGGUGAUAAUAAUUUUGCUACAACACGUCCAAUUGAGGUUAACCAAUGAGGUCGUUUUGAUAAUGUGUUAAAAACUAUCAAAAAAGUAAUCAAACACUUAUGUCAAAAUAAUAUGGCUGCAAACCGUAUUAUAAGACAAUUCGAAAGGUAAAUGUUAUUUUGUUAAAGUAAUAUGGCAUACUUCAGUAUACUACUUGUCAGAACUAACGAAUAAGAUUUCAUAAAAGUUAAAAAAAAAUAUAUAGAUAACGCAACAAAAUUAUUAAAAAACAAAUUAACAAGCGAUAUUAUAUAUUUAUAUUAUGCACGCAUCUAAUGGCAAUAAAUACAUGAAAUGAAUUAAAAAUUAUUCCUAUGAUAAUUGUUUCCAUUUGUAAUGGCGCAGCCUAGUAGAAUUAUGAUGAAUUUUAAUUAUGAAUUAGCUAACUUCAAUUUGUUUAAAAAUAUUCUGUCACUUGUAUACUGAAUUUUCAUUUAUUUCCUACGACCCUUGAACGCUGAGAUCACUGAAAUGGAAUAAUAUACUUAUUGAUAAAAAGUGUAAAAUUUUCUUAAGAUAGCUUUACAUCGAGAUCAUGCAAGUCUCAUGCUGUGCAAGUCCGUCUUGCAUGGCAUAUCUCUUGCCCAUAGACGUAUAUAUGAACAUAGACUGAGCAGUCUGUAGAGCUAAGUGACGACACCAUUCUUUUUUCCGUUGUUCGUUGUGUCUCUGUCUUACACCAAGUAUGUAUAGCAGCGUCUCUUUUGGUGAGGAAGAGACAGAGUAUGCGCAGUUGCAUAAUCUGUCUUGCAUAGCAUGAAAAUUGCAUAGGGUAAAAUCGACUUUAUGAAGUGACAGAACAUAUUUUCUGUAUGAGCACGUUUAACUGUAUUUCAUCAAUGGCAUGUCUUCGGGUGUUAACAACGGCGAAUACACGGUGGAUGGGGACAUUCUCCCUCCCCAAACAAGGUCCAAACUUAAAGAAAAUAAUUAUUAGCUGACAUAAAACUUAAACCACAGACAAGGAAAAUUAAAAAAUCUUAAGGCAUAUAAGUUAUUAUUUAUGUCUUUUAUGUAGUUUGCGUUUACCUUUUUUUGUCUAUUGGUUGGUCUUUCAUUGAAAAUUUUUCCCCCAAUGCAAAUAUCUAGAUCACUACUGGGUGUUAAUUGCAUUAAAACAAUUUGGAAAUAUAACAAAAAUUCUAAACGACAGCAACUAACGAUUGUCUGAAAGAGUAUGCGUCUUUUUUCUUAACUGUGUAUACAUUCAUCUAGAUAUCAAUAUUUAAAUACUUGAAACUGCCAUGCACGCAUUGAGCGAUGUAUCAAUUAAAUCUAAACGAAGUGAACAUAAAACGAGUUCUUUCUUUGCAGCCAUUACAUAAUAAUUUGUAAGAGCAUUUCCCGUAAUUUGGCGAUUAAAAAUUUAGUAUCAGUUAGAAAUAAAAACUAAUUUAUAAGAGUGGAGAAAUUCUUUAAUGAAAAUUUAACUAAAAGCGGUAAAAACCAGGCCUAAAAUGCAGUUGAUCUUUAAUAUAAAUAUCACAAAAGAAGUAGUAGAACUGAUUCUAGAAAACCUACUAAAACAUACGAAAAUCAAAUACUGAUCAAUCAAAAAAGAAUUGUAUAACUACUUAAUAUAUGUUUUAAAGAUAAAAUAUUCAGCAUAAAAUACCAGUAUUCGGAAUAGACAUUUGUUACAACAUAAAACUGAAAUCUCCUGCACACUGGAUCCUAUUCAAGAGACUUCAAGAGAAUUAAAGAAGGAACAGAUAGAAAUAUUUUUGAUAUAUAUGAUAAAAUGAGAAUAAAUAUAUUCAUAGUUUGUGGUGUUUUGUCCCAAAUGAAAUCGUGUAAAACAGUUUAAUACAUUCUAGACAUCCAACAUUUCUGUAUUGGCUUUAAACAACAAUAAUAUUAUUUUUUUGAUAGUGCAAUAGAAAAAGAUCUCAAUUAAUAUUUGAAAGUGAUCGUACGUUUACGUAUUAAUCUAACAACCAAUGUUCUAUUGGUUAAAAAACACAUUUUGAUAUUUAUACAGCAAAAAUUAAUUAUCUAGCUUUUGCGUUUGAAUUUUCAUAGAUAAUCUUCUGAAUCAAUUACAAAUUCUGCUAAUUUUGAAUUGCUAAUUCAAACACCUGCCUAUGGGGUGUAAAUGGACAGGAACAUUUUCAGAUAUAUAAGAUAUUAUUGUUUUGUAUCGCUACAGUUAAUUGUGGUUUAUUCUGUUCCUAUCUUGAUAUUUAUUAUUUAUUAGAACUUCCAUUAGAAUUUCCAGAACUUCUAGAACGUCUGUGAAAAUAGAUGAUUCUUGUUGUAUUCAUCAUUGCGACAUAAUAACAGACUAGAAUUUUAAAUAAUAUAAAUAUAAACAAGUAUAGGCCAAAGAUAGCUAUUAUACAAUUUCGAUUAAAAUAACCAGACACAUAUCAACAUGUGAAAACAACAAAAAGAAAAAUUACACUUUUUCUAAAUGUACUACAGUUCAUAUUAGAGUAAAUUUUUAAUAGUUUUUACAUAAAUUCGUACUUGUAGACCUACUACCUUAAUGAAAACAUUGGUUGUAAGACGUAUGCAGCUCUUAUCUUGUCAUGUAUAGGAAGAAAAGAGAAUUGAAUUCUUAGCAAAAAGAUUAUAUAUUUUGCAAAAGAAAAAGGUAGAUUUUAGCAUGUGGCAUAUAUUUUUGCUAAAAAUAACGAUGUUAUAUUUAUUCAGUAUUUUAAAUGGAAGGUACAAACAUUUGGUAGCCCAUCUGGAAGCACGGCCGAUAUUCGCGAAUCUUCUCACCCUUAAAAAACGCACUUAUUGCCAAAUCAAUUUAUAAUCAAAACUACUACAGUAACGUACAUAUUUAUCGUUGCAAUAGGCAGGUUCGUGAAUAUUGAUGGAUUAUUUAAGUAUCUAUGUAGCGAUCAGUCUUGUAAGUACCAAAGGCGCUUUCUUUUGAUUCUGAUAGAUAGAUGACAGAUAGACAAAUGCCAGAUAAACGGAUGAUAGACAUUUAUUAUGUUCACUUACGGCGUAAUGUAUGACACUGAAUGUUAGCAAUAAAAAACAAAGGACAUCAACGAAUGCACUUCAGAGACCAAAAUACUUCAAAAUGAGCAAAUAUCAGUGCUAAAAUGAGAUAAUAUAGAUAGGAAGAAACUUUGGAAUUCGGAGUGUUACAAAAUAUUUGAAAAAUUAACCUUCUCUAUUAAAUUUUUAGCUAUUUCAAAUGCCACCCAAUGUACUGUCUGAGUCAUAGUAUGAAUAUAGUUACAUAGACAGACACCAUGGCUCACUCUGCAAACUAAAGGCAUGUAUCUGUAGUUAACGAUUAGCCCGAGUGGGAAUAUCUACAGUGACAAGAAAAAAAUGAUUAGCACAACCGCAACAGUAUGCGAAGAAAACAAAAUUACCAAAAAUACAUUAAAAGAACAAAAGUUUUUGUGAAAAAGGGACUAAACUAUUCAGUAAUAGUCCAUUAUAGCUAAGUCAUUCAACUGAAACUGAAAAUUAAGUCUAAAUGAUAUCAAAAGAAAACUAUGUUUCUUUAGAACUGAAAAAUUUUGUCGCCUUUGGUAUCUAUUUUGUUUUUGUAUGACCAAUAAGUCACCGAACUACAAAAAUAAGCGGUCAUUAGCAGGUUAUAACUUUGAUUUUCAAAUUUGGUAAUACAAAAAUGCAUUUUUUAUUAAGUACAAAAGUAGUAUCGAUUUUUAAUAUUUAAGAAACAUCAUAUAAGAAAUAUAAUAGAAGAAACUUCUAAGAAUCGUGUAUUAGACAGUAAAUGUCACUAAUCAAAGAGUUUACAAUUUGUGUAUAUAUGUUUGAAAUAAAUAUUUUCCAGCAUCAUAUAUAAACCAAAAAUGUUAUGGUGUUUUCAUAUCUAAUAACAAACUACAAAAUCAGAUUAUUGCUUGACUUCUGCUAUUAUUGAUAUAUAUAUAUAUAUAUAUAUAUAUAUAUAUAUAUAUAUAUAUAUUAUAUAUAUAUAUAUAGCUUGCUACAUGUUGGUGGACAUAUGGCAUUGCAUAUUCUAGCUGUGUGAUGCAUCGAAAUAAGCCUAAAGCAAACAAGACUUAAAUGCAGACAAAGCAAUGACAAUUCUUCGGCUUCCUCAGCUUUCCCUUUUCAGGUGUCAACAAUUGUCAUUAUUUUAUCUGCAAAAAAGAAGGUAAAAAAAAACAGAUAAACUUGACAUCAGAUUCUUCAUACAACACAUAAUAGAUGUCCUAUACAAAAUAUCUCAAAACAAUUUUGUUAUUAGAAGAAUGUCUGAUUUUGUUUUUUGUCUUAUAUGGCUUCUAAUUGUUCUCUAAAAUAUCACUUUGCGAUUAUUUAUGAGAAAGUAAUCUAUAUCAACUUCUAUUUCUGCUUUUCUAUAAGAAAUAGUGACAAUAUCUUUUAAGGAAUAAACAGCAGCUACCGUUCUUUGUGAUUCAAAUAUUGGACUGAAAACUUUUUGUGUAAAGAGUAUAAUGUUUGUUUGUUUUAAUUAUUAUUGUACAUUCCUGUAUUAUGUAGAUAUUCAUUAUUAAAUAUAUGAAAGAAAGUUU